GCUGCUCUCGGAAGCUAAGCUAAUGCUAGCGCUGGAGCUCCGGCAGGCAGCGUGCCGUGGAUGCGUGUAGCAUCAGUGCUGAAGUGGAUCCGCGCCGGUUGUGCUGUGUGUAAGCGCAGGAGUCCAGGGUGGUGGAUAUUCCUUAUCUGAGGUUUGUAACUGUGGAGGCUCAGCACGCUCAGGAUGGUCACCAUUCCGGAGUACUACACGGGGAAGAAUGUGCUCAUCACUGGCGCCACGGGCUUCAUGGGCAAAGUGCUGCUGGAGAAGCUGCUGCGCUCGUGCCCCGGCAUCAGGGCGGCCUACGUGCUCGUGCGGCCCAAAGCGGGUCAAUCUCCGAGCGCCCGCAUCGCAGACAUGAUCAACUGCAGGCUGUUUGACAGAUUAAGAGAAGAGCAGCCGGAUUUUGCGGAGAAGAUUGUGGCAGUGAACAGUGACCUGACGCAGCCGGAGUUAGACCUCAGCAAAAAGGACCAGGACACACUGAAGGAGAGCAUCAACGUCGUCUUCCACUGCGCUGCCACUAUCCGCUUCAACGAGCCUCUUAAAGAUGCCAUGCAGCUGAACGUGCUGGCCACACAGAAGAUGCUGAGUCUGGCCCACGGGAUGAAGCACUUAGAGGUGUUUAUUCACAUCUCCACAGCAUACGCUAACUGUGACCGAGAGCUUAUCGAGGAGGUCGUCUACCCGCCACCUGUAGACUACAGGAAGCUCAUCGACACACUGGAGUGGAUGGACGAUAAGCUGGUCAGUCUGAUGACCCCUAAGCUGCUCGGUGAGCGACCCAACACAUAUACUUACACCAAAGCCCUGGCCGAGUACCUGGUGCAGCAGGAGUGUGGGAACCUCAACGUGGCCAUCGUCCGCCCUUCUAUAGUAGGAGCCAGCUGGAAAGAGCCCUUUCCCGGCUGGAUAGAUAAUUUCAAUGGACCGAGUGGAAUAUUCAUUGCUGCAGGGAAAGGCAUCCUACGCACCAUGAGAGCCUCUAACAGCGCUGUGGCUGACCUCGUGCCAGUCGAUGUGGUCAUAAACACAACUCUAGCUGCUGCUUGGUACUCAGGCUCGCAGAAACACACCAGGCCAAAAAGUUUGUUGGUGUACAACUGCACGACCGGCGCAAUCAAUCCCUUUCACUGGGGUGAAGUCGAAUACCAUGUUAUAUCCACUUUCAAGAGGAACCCCCUCGAGCAAGCUUUCAGGCGGCCCAAUGUAAAUCUCACAUCCAAUCAUCUAAUCAAUCAGUACUGGAUUGCUGUGAGCCACAAGGCGCCAGCAUUCCUCUAUGAUCUCUUCCUCAGGAUAACAGGACGGGAGCCCAGGAUGAUGAAGACAAUCACGCGCCUUCACAAGGCCAUGAUGGUGCUGGAGUACUUCACCAGCCACUCGUGGGUGUGGAACACGGACAACGUCACAAUGCUCCUGAACCAGCUGGGAGCUGAGGACAGGAAGGUGUUUAACUUUGACGUCAGACAGUUACACUGGGCCGAAUAUAUGGAGAAUUACUGCAUGGGCACGAAGCAGUAUGUGCUGAACGAGGAGUUAUCAGGCCUGCCUGCUGCACGCAAACAUCUCAACAAGUUGCGAAACAUCCGCUACACCUUCAACACAGUCCUGGUGAUCCUGAUCUGGCGUGUCUUCAUCGCACGUUCGCAGAUGGCGCGCAACAUCUGGUACUUCGUGGUCAGCCUGUGCUUCAAGUUCCUGUCCUACUUCAGGGCGUCCAGCACCAUGAGAUACUGAACCUUGUCCUCUUUCUCAACCCUCUUUCCCUCUCUCCUUCUCUCCUUCUCUUGUCUUCUCUCUCUUUUCUACAGUAGCUAUGCAUAAGCUCCAGCUCUGGCCUCCAGGGCGCCCCCGUUAGGGUCAGAUAUCAACGACUGCUUUGUAGAAAGCGUGGCGCGACAGGGUUCGAGACCAGUCCAUGCACUGUAAACGAUUCUCCGUCACAGUUUACAGAUGUCCGUGACUCGUUUCCCGAACUUCCCGAAUCGAGCACAAGGCGGGAGAAUAGGGACGCGAUGGCUAGUUCACUGCUCUGUGCCUAUUUCCUAUUUUAUGAUGUGUUCGUUCAGUUCUUUAGAUUACCUCGCUUGGUUCAUCAGCAUUCUUUUUUUCUUCCCUAAUAACUUAUUUUUGUCUAAGAUUUAGUUAAAAAAGGUUGCAGGUUUCUGGAAAAUUGCUGUUAUGCUAACAGUCGCAAGGUUGUGCAAGUAACUCUUGUUGCUUUUUCAGGUGGACUAGUACACUAACGUUGCAGGUAUUUUGCAUUGACACACAAUUUUUUUUUUUUUUUUUUUUUUUUUUUUUUUUUUUUUUUUUUCUUGAGGAAGUUAUUUUUCUUGAGAAUGAUACAGGAAGUUCUACCUGACCACAGCACAAGCUUUCUCUAUUUUUUCCACCAAACACAACUUAUAGUUCAGGUUUCAUCUUUUAUAUAUGUAAAUACAUAGAUUUACUAAUCAUUUGUCAAGAACUUAAUCACGUGAGUUUUCCUCAGCGCUGUGAAUAGGAAGUGUGAUUUUCAUAAGAUUUUUCACAGCAGCAGCUACGGAGGCUCGGUUCACGAACCAGAUGUGUCUGGCUGGUAUAUCGUGCCUGAAUGUUAAAAUUAUUGGAGGAUGAAAAGCACUUCUAGGUUUUCUAAAGAAUUUGUGUACUGUUUAGAAUGACACUUUCAUUACCAAGCAUUUCUAGAGUCAGGGGCUAUUUGUUUAUGACGGAAAUAGACUUCAGGAACUCUAAUGUAUAAUGUACUCAGCUUUCAGCCGCUUCAUGUUACUCUGUCAUUUCUCGGCUGCUCAGCUCACAUUUCUCUGAAUGGAAGUUGGUCACACCGGCCCAGACUCUGUAAUGUCGCGUUCACAAUAUUGCGUAAGUGUGAGCUUUAAGUGCUUUCUAUGGUGUCAAAGUAAAGCCUCUCUUGAUAUUCCUGCUGCUUGUGGAAUGUUUUUGAAAACAGCAUCUGGGAAAACACUGGAAUAGUUACACUGAGCUCAAGAGGAAUUUCACCUGGAGAUAGAUUUGUAGGGUGCCAUUACUUUUCAAAAACAGUUCAGAAAAGCUAUUAUCAACAUCCAGGUACUUUUUUUUUUGAAGUGACACCUAUGCAGCUAAUACCAAAGCUUCAUUUACACCAAGAACAGACCCAAAAAAAAAUGACAUGCAAUAACAAGCGUGGAGAUUAGCGCGGAGAAAUAAACGUGUGUGUUACUGGAGCAUUUUAUACCAUUCAUAAUAAACGUUCAGUAAACUGACCUCCAGGGACAACCUUAACACCUCAGACUGUGUGAGAGAGAGAGAGAGAGAGAGAGAGGGAGGGAGAGAGUGUAUUUCACCCCAAUUUCAUGGUAGCAAUAAAGAUGUGAAUAUUCCAGGAGUGUUUAGUAAAAUGCAUGUUACUACUUUAAAUUAAAGGAAUAUUCAUGCUUUUUCGUCCCCAGCUCUAUCCAGUGCAUCUGUAGUACUGUAUAUGUGAUUAACACUGACAAAAAUUUCAUCAUUAUUGAGAAAAAAUGAAAAAAAAAAAAAAAAGUGUAAUGGGCGUCUAAGGUACAGCUCUACCGUAGCUGUAUUCCAUCAAUAAAUGUUUAAAGCGCAUAAGAAAUAAAACACUUAGAGAUGUGCUGUUAUAGGAAAAUAAUCCACGACAGGGUUGUGUGUUAUGAUCCAAUAAUCCACCCAGUUCAUCAAGACUAACAACACGUCAUGCUUUUUAACCAUUUAUAGCUACGUUUAACGUUGUGGAAGUUAGUUCCUGUUAUCGCUUAUGUUAUAGCAGCUGUAAAUAGGUGUUCCCUCACCAGCCUCGCUUUUUUUUUCUCUCUUUUAAGAAAAACGUAGCUUUCCUGAAAAUUUUAACAUUGUGGAAAACUUACGGAAACUUACGAAGCACUGACACUGGAGACUCCUUCCACUGACGUUUUUCUUUGUUGAAUAAUAACACGUUUUUUUAAAAAUAUUUAUUGUUAGACUUAGAUUAUAUGGAGCGUCUGCUGUGAAUUAGCUGUUUCUAUAGAAACAAUAGUGAAGUGCGUGUGAAUUAGCUGUUACUAUAGAAACAAUAACGUACUAGGAUGAGCACAUUCAUGUAAACCUGUGAUUUGAACUACUCUCCGAGCUGCUGUUAGAGAAAAUUAAUCAACACGUUCUGACCAAUCGGAUUCAAGAAGCUAAUCUUUAAAUUGUUGUAUCCAGCUUUCGAAAACUGACGAUGUAGAAAAUCCGGUUCCUUUAAAUACUUUUUUCCUGAAUGUUUUGUGGUAUGUGUGCGUGAUCAAACCAGCACGGCUAUGUAGGUAACGUGAAAUGACAAAUUCUUACAACUGAAAAAUAAUCCAGUCUCUUGAAGGAAGUGUAAACGAUAUGAAAAAAAAAAUGAGAUGUUAGGAAAAUUAGGAACGUUUCUAUUGUUUUCUCUGUGCUCAGAAACGUGUCAAUGUUCCUCUGGUUAUUUUAUACAUACACUGCUGAUGCAUUAGGUAGAGAUUAGGAAUUAAAAAAAAUGUUCGAACAUUCCUUUAAUGAUGAUAAUGUGUAUGAUUAUUUAAAGAUUAUAAUGAUCGUAAUCAUUAUAAUGACUUAAAUGAGUGUAGAGCUGUGUGAAAUAUGAUCUACACCUAUCUUGGACUACAUGCAUCUCUUGUGUUUUGAAUCCAAACAAAUCCAUUUCGGGUGAAAUUCCUCUUGGAUAAUUAAUGCCAGAAUUUUCCUCUACACUGAUUCUGUUUGUACGCUUCCUGCUGAAUGUAGCUCGGGUCGCGUCCUCAUUUCAAAGGGCGUUUCACAGCUGUGAUCUUCUCACAGCUCUCCCUCCUGCUGCUGAAGCACAUCUGAUCCCGAGGCCUUGACGAAGCCAACACACAGUCAUCGUCCUGUUUUGCCUUAUCUCCAUGCCGUUCAGUUUCCCCUGAACUUGACGUCAUGAUGACUUUUUUUUUUUUCCAAAGCUAUCCAGCGAUUAUGUUUCUGAUAUUCUUCAAUCAGGCUGUAUGAAGUUUUUUUUUUCUCUCUCUCUGAGAAUUGUUACAUGCCACAGUUGAUGUCAUUGGGGAAAAAUACAAUGGGUGCCUUGUGUUUGUAAACCAAAAACGGAAUAAAUGACCUGAAAUCUG